GGCUGCCUCACAAAUGAAAAGUGAGUACCUACCCUACCUAGAUAACCCAAUCGCCGUGUGACUUCCGCUCGUUGUUGGUGUUCUCUUGCCCCAAUCUUUGGCUGGUAGCAGGCAAGCUUGAAGACUGCAAGAUCAAGUGCCAUGACUCACAGAACCAAACCAACUCAAUUCAAUCCGGUCAGUUCCAUGCAUAAACAACUUUUAGAAUCCAGCAAGUCUCUGCUGUCUCAAGAACAUCGCUGUGGUUCUUUCAAUGACAGAGACCAGAUAAUCACACAUAGGUAUCAUACCUAUCGUACAGUACCCACCUUAUCCACACUGUCCCCUGGCCAACAGCUUCAAACCUCCCUGAGCCCGACCGGCGACCACCGACCCGAAGCAAAUAUCUCCGCGACACAAAGUCUGGUCAAAAUGCCAUCUACUGCGGCUCCAGUAUUCCGGUUUCAUACUUUCAUCGUCACACCACAAGUUUUUUAUCACACGACUCUGUCGUUCGCUUUCGUCAACAUUCGGCCUCUCCUCCCAGGCCAUGUCCUCGUCUCACCCAUACGCCCCGUCGCGCGCCUUUCAGAGCUAACCGAUGUCGAGGCCGCCGAUCUCUUCGUCACUGUCAAACGCGUUGGGCGGAUGCUGGAACGAGUCUACAAGGCCUCUGCUCUGACGAUUCCACUUCAAGAUGGCUUUGAUGCCGGCCAGAGCGUUCCCCACGUCCACAUCCACCUUCUGCCUCGGCAGCCCUCGGACCUCGACCACGAGGGCGGUCCCGAUGCUGUCUAUGACAGAUUGGAGAGCGAACACGGCGACAUCGGGAAACUCAUGUCUAUGCGUCAACGCCCACGCCAGCCCAAGGUUGACGAAGAGUCCAUACCCUUGAGAACGGCCGAGGAAAUGGCUGCUGAGGCCGACAUGCUCCGCGCAGAGAUGGCGAAGGAUAAGAGCCCGCAAUGGGUUCCGGUGCCGCCUCUUCAAGAUAGAACUUCAGAUUAGCAUCCAUGAUCUUAC